GCUGUCAACUUCACCUCUAGUUCUUUGCAAAAUCACAAACAUUCAUCAUUUUUCUCUCUCACAACACUUAAUUCUCUCUAGCCAUGUCUCUUCUCAAUGAUCUUCUUAAUCUUGAUCUUACCGGGAUCACAGAGAAGAUCACGGCCGAAUAUAUUUGGAUCGGUGGAUCAGGCAUGGACUUGAGAAGUAAGGCCAGGACGCUGAAUGGACCAGUGACUUCUCCACAAGAGCUUCCCAGAUGGAAUUAUGAUGGAUCCAGCACUGGGCAAGCCCCAGGCACAGAUAGUGAAGUUAUUCUCUAUCCUCAGGCAAUAUUCAGGGAUCCAUUCCGGAAGGGUAACAAUAUCCUGGUGAUGUGUGAUGCCUACACACCUGCUGGAGAUCCAAUUCCAACUAAUCAUCGUUUCAAAGCGGCUGAGAUCUUCAGCCAUCCUGCUGUUGUUGCUGAGAUCCCCUGGUAUGGCAUAGAACAGGAGUACACACUUCUUCAGAAGGCCGUGAAAUGGCCUUAUGGCUGGCCUGUUGGUGGAUUCCCAGGACCACAGGGGCCAUAUUAUUGUGGAAUUGGAGCUGACAAAGCAUAUGGUCGCAACAUUGUUGAUGCACAUUACAAAGCAUGCUUGUACGCUGGCAUCAAUGUCAGUGGAAUCAACGGCGAGGUCAUGCCUGCUCAGUGGGAAUUUCAAGUUGGACCGGCUGUUGGCAUUUCUGCUGCUGAUCAAGUGUGGGUUGCUCGUUAUAUUCUUGAGAGGAUCACUGAGAUUGAGGGAGUAGUAGUUUCUUUUGACCCGAAGCCAAUUGCGGGAGAUUGGAACGGGGCCGGUGCUCAUACAAACUACAGCACCCACUCCAUGCGGGAAGAUGGGGGAUUUGAUGUCAUAAAGAAGGCCAUUGAGAAGUUAGGCCUGCGCCACAAGGAGCACAUUUCUGCCUAUGGUGAGGGCAACGAAAGACGAUUGACUGGUCACCAUGAAACCGCAGAUAUUCAUACAUUUUCUUGGGGUGUUGCAAACAGAGGAGCUUCCGUUCGUGUGGGCCGUGAUACUGAAAAGGAUGGCAAGGGCUAUUUCGAAGAUAGGAGGCCAGCAUCCAACAUGGAUCCAUACAUCGUCACUUCGAUGAUUGCUGAGACCACCAUUCUUUGGAAGCCUUGAACACGGAACAAAUGUGAUUACUAUUGCCUACCAGUCUGCCAAAACAUUACAUUUGCUAGUCUUUUCACUGUCAUUUGCUAGUCACAGUCACAGGAUUAAUAUCUAUUCACCUUUGGGUUUGAACUUAACAAAUAAUGGUUGGUUUCUUACCUUAUUCAUGAUUCUCAGCUUUAAUUUCAAUGAAACUGCAACUCUAGUUUUAAUAUUUCAACUUUGAAGCCUUGAUUGGCAAAUUUAUAUUAUGAUCCUAGUUAAUUAAUCUAA